AUGAAGUCGGCUAUUCUAUUUACUCUCGCUUUGGCUGCUGCCCACGAUCGUUCGCACCCCGACUGUGUCCCUUAUGUUUCCCCUCCUUCACCUAGUGGUGAAAUCUACCACUCUCUUCAUGCUGCAAACGAGCAGGUUCAUAGUAUGGUAUCAAUGGUAGACCAUUGGUCCGCUGAUCAAGGUGUUCUCAAUGCGUUGAACAUCCAGCAGGAGUACUAUAGCAUGUACACGGCUAUGCAGCAUUUGGCUGAUGCGGCCGAGCGUGCCUCAUUUGACCGAGUGGACUCGGUUAACGCCGCUUCAGAGUACGCGCACCAUGCGGCAGGCAUUACUCGUCUGCUGAAUGCGUUGGUUUCCAAGUCCGAAGAUUUCAAUUCUGUCCAUGUUGAGACCAUCAUUCGAGACGAUGUCAUGAGCAUGGUUUUGCCUGCUGCUCAAGUCCAGUCGCGAAUUCUUGAAAGAUUCCCUCGCGAUGUGCCUUGCGACGCUCUUUCGACGGCCUCUGAUGCUUGCCGCCACCUCACUGAAGCCCUUGCGCAUGCCGGCGAUGUCUACAACGUUGGGCCAUUCUCGUUCGCUCCCGUCCCCACCGCCUGCCGACCCUAUUGUUGA